AGAAAUUUUGAGAGUGAAUUAGAAUGCAGAAGAAGGAAAAGUGGUGUAGAAUAAGAGUUGUGGAGGAAAUUCAAACCCAGUUGGCGGCUCUGCCCUCUCUCUCUCACCAAAUUUACAUUUUAUCAAAUUCUAUAAACCAAAAACGCGUCCAAUUGGCCACUUUCCUACCUGGCUCCUCUUUUUUUUUUUUUUUAUGUUUUUAUAAAUUACUCUAAUCUUCCCAUUUCUCUUCACGCACUUCUCUCUUAGCUUUUCUUUAAUUAUAAAUUUAUUAUUUUUUCUAUUAGUAGACCACACAAACUAAUUUCAAGUUUAUAUAUUCAGAGUUUCAGAGAUUAAAUUAUCUGCUUUUCUCUUUUCACAUUUUUUGCUCUCUUCUCUUGCCUCUCAUUCAGGGGAUCUUCCCAUUCCAGAGGAGAGAUGGCAGAGACAAAAGCAACAACACCAUUGAUUCAGCAGUCAUCAUCAAGAAAUCUUCCGGAUUUCAAAAAGUCGGUGAAGCUCAAGUAUGUGAAGUUGGGCUACCAUUACCUAAUCACUCAUGGAAUGUACCUUUUUCUUUCGCCUCUUGUCAUUGUUAUUGCAGCUCAGCUUUCGACUUUUUCGUUCCAAGAUAUUUAUACCCUUUGGGAGCAUCUGCAGUUCAAUCUUAUCUCGGUCAUUGUCUGCUCGACGCUUCUUGUUUUCCUGCUUACGCUCUAUUUCAUGACCCGUCCUCGCCCUGUCUACCUUGUCAACUUCUCUUGCUAUAAGCCGGAUGAAUCUCGGAAGUGUACCAAAAGGAUUUUCAUGGAUCAGUCCACGAUGACGGGAACGUUUACCGAUGAUAAUCUCAAUUUCCAGAAGAGGAUUCUUGAGAGAUCUGGCCUCGGGGAUUCAACUUACCUUCCCGAGGCUGUUCUUAACAUGCCCCCAAAUCCGUCAAUGCAAGAGGCUCGAAAAGAAGCUGAGGCUGUGAUGUUUGGCUGUGUUGAUGAGCUUUUAGCUAAAACCUCUGUGAAACCCAAAGACAUCGGAAUCUUGAUUGUUAAUUGUAGCUUGUUCAAUCCCACUCCGUCGCUUUCCGCCAUGGUUAUCAACCAUUAUAAGCUUCGAGGGAAUAUAGUUAGCUUCAAUCUCGGUGGCAUGGGCUGCAGCGCGGGUCUGAUAUCAAUAGCUCUUGCUAAGGAUCUCCUUCAGGUCCAUCCAAACUCGUAUGCAUUGGUCAUCAGCAUGGAGAACAUCACAUUGAAUUGGUACUUCGGAAAUGACCGAUCAAAGCUUGUUUCGAACUGCUUAUUUAGAAUGGGAGGAGCUGCUAUUAUGCUUUCGAACAAAGGAUCCGACAGAAGAAGGUCAAAGUACCAGUUAGUACACACCGUACGGACUCACAAGGGUGCCGAUGAUAAGUGCUUUACAUGUGUGACCCAAGAAGAGGACGCCAACGGGAAGGUCGGCGUUACUUUGUCAAAGGAUCUCAUGGCUGUUGCUGGUGACGCGUUGAAAACCAACAUCACUACAUUAGGACCUAUUGUUCUACCAAUGUCAGAACAGCUACUCUUCUUCGCCACAUUAGUCGGAAAGAAACUUCUCAAGAUGAAGAUCAAGCCCUACAUUCCCGAUUUCAAGUUAGCAUUUGAACAUUUCUGCAUCCACGCCGGAGGAAGAGCUGUUUUGGACGAAUUAGAAAAGAAUUUGCAAUUAUCCGAGUGGCACAUGGAGCCAUCAAGGAUGACACUUUACCGCUUCGGAAACACCUCGAGCAGUUCGUUAUGGUAUGAAUUGGCUUAUUCGGAAUCCAAAGGAAGGAUGAAGAAGGGAGACAGAACAUGGCAAAUAGCAUUCGGUUCCGGAUUUAAAUGUAACAGUGCGGUAUGGAAGGCUUUAAGGACUAUAAUCCUGCAAAGGAAAAGAACCCAUGGAUGGAUGAAAUCCACCAAUUUCCAGUUGAUGUUCCAAAGGUAUCAGUUAUUUAGGUACCAAAUGAUUAGUUACUGUGUUGAAAUUAUUAAGGGCAUGUGAAUUGAUUUAUGUAUGGAAUAGAGCUAUUUUUUUCCCUUUUCUAAUUGUUGUAGAAUUAGCAGAUUAGGACCAGAUUAUUAAGGGAAUUGGAAUUGGAAUUCGAAACUAAUUUGAUCUUUGAUAAGUUA